AUGGAGUAUAUGACAGAACCCGUCAAGCACACACCUGGACAUAUCUUGUGCUGCGACUGUGGUGUCCCAAUUAGUCCAAAUCCUGCUAACAUUUGUGUGGCUUGUCUGCGAAGCAAAGUAGACAUCAGCCAAGGCAUUCCGAAACAAGUCUAUAUAUCCUUCUGCAAACAAUGCCAAAGGUAUUUUCAGCCACCAGGAACUUGGGUACAGUGUGCAUUAGAAUCCAGGGAUCUUCUUGCUUUGUGUUUGAAAAAAAUCAAAGCCCCUCUGAGUAAGGUACGGCUUGUAGAUGCAAGCUUUGUUUGGACUGAGCCUCAUUCUAAGAGACUUAAAGUUAAACUGACUAUUCAGAAAGAGGUGAUGAAUGGUGCCAUCCUUCAGCAAGUGUUUGUGGUGGAUUAUGUUGUUCAGCCCCAGAUGUGUGGAGAUUGCCAUAGAGUGGAAGCUAAGGAUUUCUGGAAAGCUGUGGUUCAAGUCAGGCAAAAGACUUUGCACAAAAAAACUUUCUACUAUCUGGAACAGUUGAUUUUGAAGUAUGGGAUGCACCAGAAUACACUUCGUAUCAAGGAGAUUCAUGAUGGUUUGGAUUUCUAUUAUUCCUCAAAACAACAUGCUCAGAAGAUGGUAGAAUUUCUUCAGUGUACCGUCCCCACUAGAUACAAAGCCUCACAGAGACUGAUCUCUCAGGAUAUCCAUAGUAAUACAUACAAUUACAAAAGCACUUUUUCUGUGGAAAUUGUUCCAAUAUGCAAGGAUAAUGUUGUUUGUCUGUCUCCAAAACUGGCACAAAGCCUGGGAAACAUGAACCAGAUUUGUGUGUGUAUUCGAGUAACGAGUGUCAUCCACCUCAUAGAUCCAAAUACCCUACAAGUUGCAGAUAUUGAUGGGAACACCUUCUGGAGUCACCCUUUCAAUAGUUUAUGCCAUCCCAAACAGCUGGAGGAGUUUAUUGUUAUGGAAUGCAGCAUAGUCCGAGAUACAAAACGCAGUGCAGGUGCUGGAAUGAUAUCAAAAAAGCAUACCCUCGGGGAAGUCUGGGUACAGAAAACAUCUGAAAUGAAUACAGAUAAACAGUAUUUUUGUCGCACUCAUUUGGGACAUCUUCUAAAUCCUGGAGACCUGGUGUUGGGGUUUGAUUUGGUCAACUGUAACUUAAAUGAUGAGUAUGUCAACAAAAUGAAAUCAGACAGAGUACCAGAUGUGGUAUUAAUCAAGAAGAGCUAUGACCGUACCAAACGUCAGCGUCGUAGGAACUGGAAACUGAAAGAGCUUGCAAGAGAUAAAGAAAACAAGGAUACAGAUGAUGAAAGGCAAUACCAAGAUUUCCUUGAAGAUCUUGAAGAAGAUGAAGCGAUUAGAAAAAAUGUGAACAUUUAUAGAGAUUCAACCAUUCCUGUGGAAAGUGACACAGAUGAUGAAGGAGCACCUCGAAUUAGUCUGGCUGAGAUGCUUGAAGACCUUCACAUUUCUCAAGAUGCUACUGGUGGUGAAGGUGAAUCGAUGAUGACAUGA